AUGAAAGGUUAAAAAUUAUGGAAAAAAUUGAAAUGUUAUCUUCUUGAAAAUUAACAAUAUUAACCAGACAUAGGUGAAGUGUAAAUAUUCAAAAAAGAAAUCAAAGAUGACAUUUUAAUAUAUCAUGUAGAAGAUGUAAUUAUUAAAUAAUCAAACAAAUAAUUGUAACCUGAUAAGAGUUAAUUGAAUUAAGCUAAUGAUAAUGAUAUCGAUAAUACAGGAGCCUUUUAUUGGCCUUCAGAAAUAAUUUUAACUAAAUACUUAUUAAGUGAUCUUGAUAGGAUAAAAAAUUAUAAUAUUAUUGAACUGGGCGCAGGAAGAUCUGGUUUUUGUGGGCUUGCACUAGCAAAAAAAGGUUUUAAUGUUACUCUUACAGAUGGAAAUUAAUCUAUUAUCAAGGAGUUAUAAGAAAAUGUGAAUCUAAAUGAAAUUAAUAUUAAAGUAGAUGUAUUAAAGUGGAAAUCAGGAGAUCCUUAUGAAAAUACAUGCGCAAUAAUCUCUGAUUGUUUUUUUUUUGAAAAUUAUCAUGAUGAUUUAUUAGAAAUGAUAAAAAGAUUUUGUUUAGUCAUAGGUGCAGCACCAUCUCGUGGAGGAUCUCUAGAGAGGUUCAUAAAUAAAUGUUAAAGCUAAAAUAUUGAGUGUAAAUAACUUAAUAUCUUUUAUGAUACUAAAAUAAUUUUAUUUAACAAAUCUAAUUGA